CCGGUUGAAUUUUUUUAUUCUUUUUCCUCUCAAACUUUUUAAUUCUGAUCUCUCCCCUCUUAAAAACCCCCUCUCCACAACCACUUUCACAUUCCUCUAAUCAUCACCUCUCUCCUCCCUCAUGGAGCAAUCACUCCCCCAUCAAUGCCAAUCGCUUCUCUCUCCCUCCUCCUCCUCCUCCUCCUCCUCCUCCUGCUCCUCCUCUUCCUCCUCCCCAAAGCCCGAAGAAUCCAUCAAGCCCAAAAAGCGAAGCAGAGAGGGCAAGCACCCGACAUACCGCGGCGUGCGCAUGCGCAAUUGGGGCAAAUGGGUUUCUGAAAUCCGCGAGCCGAAGAAGAAAUCGCGCAUCUGGCUCGGCACUUUUCCCACCGCCGAGAUGGCAGCGCGCGCGCACGAUGUGGCUUCGUUGACCAUCAAAGGGCAAUCCGCCUAUCUGAAUUUCCCUCAUCUCGCCGCCGAAUUCCCUCGCCCCGCCACCACCUCCCCUAAAGACAUCCAAGCCGCCGCCGCCAAGGCGGCUGCUUUCACCGACCACCAAGCAGCGCUACCAAAGCCCACGCCUCCUCCAAUCACGCCGCCAUCCACAACUGAUGAAGACUCUGCAUUUCUCGACCUUCCUGAUCUCCUCGACUUGAGAGCAAGCUGGGUUUCGUUGUGGACUGAUGAGCUGAAUUCCAGAUUCGUUUGGGAGUAUUAAAUCAUCAUUACUGCAUAGAUUAUAUAUAAACGAUUAAAUGUACAUUAAUGUGGUUGUGAUCUGUUCAAAGUUCUGUUUUUUUUUUCUUUUGCUGGGUUGGGAGAUGGAGCUUCUAAUUGAAUGAGUUGAUGAUGUGCUUUUUAUCGUAAUCUUUUGUUUAUUGAAAGUUAAUCUUCCACCAAUAAAAGAAGAAGGUUACUUUGGGAUUUA